CCUCUUGCUUGAACUCAGGCUCCAUGUCUCUUCUGGGCUAUCCUGGACUCUGCAGUGCCACUUCCCACAGAAAUCACUGCUACAUCCCUGUGGCUCCUUCCAUCGCCAUCUGCUCAGAUGAUGUAAACCCUGCUUUCAGACAUUACUUACCCAGCAGCUGCCAAGGCAAUCUCUGGCUUCUGGACCAUUGCCAAGACUCCUACUGUGAAGCACCUUGCUGCGAAUCUCCCAGCCAUGAGCUCAAGACUUGCACUGCAACUGGUGAUUCCAAGAACUCCUGUGUGCCUUGCAAUUCCCCAUCUGCAAGCCAAGUUGUUAGUGCCUGUGAAACUACCAAGAUCAGAUCCAGACCCAGCUGCAGUCCCUGUACUGGGACCAAAGGGUAUGUAUCCAAUUGUACCACAGCUACUCGAUAUGCAUCUAAAGCCUGCCAAACUCCUCAGAAUGGCCCCCACUUCAUAGGGCAAUUUUAUUCUUGCCCUAAAAAUCUCCAGACCCGGGGUUACUGUGGUCUGGGCAACAGUGGAUAUAGAAGCUACGGAAAUUUUGGGUUCAUCACCAAUGGCUUCUCCCCUUCUUGUUAUAUUAAUAAUAGCUACCAUCACCAAAGUUAUCUAAUGAGAUAUUGCCAGUAUCCACACUAUGGGCCUUCAAGAUUCCCACCACGGAGCUACUUAUGUAGAAAUUUUCAAUCUCUGAGCUAUAUACCCAGCACGUUUCCACCUCUGAGAUACUUAUGCAGCAGUAUCAGACCUCUGAAUUGCUACUGAUUGACUUACAGCUUGUACAAGAGCUCCAGGUAGGCUGAUGGAGCAGAAUCUACUCACAUCGAGGGUCUCUAUUAUUCUGCGAAAUUGAUGUAUUCAUCUCAAGAAGGUUGUUGUACGGGGUUGAAGUGUAACCCUAGACCUGAUUAACCACUCAGUAGUUUGUUCUUUGGUUAGUACUCCCUGUAUAAAAAUUUGACUAUGAUAGUAGUGUUAGCUCUAAAACUGACUAGAAUGGAUUCACUGAAGAGAUUUCAUAUGAAGGACAUCAUCAACAUCGUUUUUUGCUCUGGUUGUCACUUGUCUGCCAUUGUGAUGAACUUCUAUCUUGGUUUGAUGGUUAAUUUCAACAGUUUUUUUUUUUUCCCAGUUGUUCUGCUUUUCACCAAAAGUUUUUUUUUUUUUUUUAACUGCCUAAUGAGCAUCUUGCCAGUGAAGGGAGAAAUAAAGUCACCUUAAACUAAUUGAAUGGAACUAUUUCUUCUUUUCCUCCUGACUGAUUAUAAAGAGGAGCAAAUAUUAUAGCAAGCACAGCUACUUAAGAGAAAAUCUCAGCAAUUUACUCUUUCAAAGAAGAUACAAAGCACAGGGUUGAUUUGGCUUCAACACUUGGAAGAAAUCCUCAGAAGUAACUGAAACACAGAAACUAUGUGACAAAACAAAGACAAAAUUGCUACUGCAGAUUCUCUAUGACUCCUAGAAUUCAUCUGGAUUCUGGAUUCUUCUGUAAUCCUGCUCUGAUGAAUUGUGCUGUUCUAAUUCUAGAAAAUGCCUUGAUACCUUGAUUCUUGAUAAAUAAACAAUUUUCUAUCUGGAAACCAUGGCUGGUAUGUUUGCUGAUAUUUUGUCUAUAUUGA